AUGGGCGUCACGGUCAUCAAGGGCUCCGAAAAGACGCUCGAGGAAGGUCUCCAGACGACAUGGCUCUCGCUCUCUAAGUACAUGAAUCUCAGCGCGCGGUCCCGGACGCAGGAAGGAGAUCUGUCGUCUUUUCGAAGCAUCAUGCGUGCACGGAGGGACCGCGACUACGAUGCGGCGGACAGGACUCAGUCAACCCUUUGCGAAAUGCGAGAGAACGGCGUCUCCGGGAAGGAACUCGGCUUCCUCUACGUCAACGGGGCAUAA